AUGGCAGCAGAGGAGAAGCUAGAGGAUGAACUGACUAAUAACAGCACACUAAAGUGGGAGGCCCAGAUAGCCUGGAGUUUGUGCAGCGGUUAUUAUAAUAUUCAGUGUGAGUUUGUUGUUCUUGACUCGGUGGUGGCCGAGGUCACGUCUCUGAUGAAUAUCAAAGCGCUCCGACCACCAUCUGCCCCGAGCAGCGCCCCGCUCUCCCACCGCCACUGUAACCCUGCUGUCUGUCCUCUCCCCUCAGGUCUGUCUCUGGGUCAGCCCACCAAACGCUCCCACAUGCACCUGUCCACCUCCUCGCUGGGCAACGCCCUCGGCAACGCCCUCGGCAACAGCCCCCCGGGGCUCCACUACCCCGUCACCGCCUGUCACUACGGCAACCAGCAGGCCACCUACGGCAUGAUGGCAGCUCAGGAGAUGCUCUCCGCCAGCAUCUCUCAGACUAGAAUCCUGCAGACAUGUGCUGUUCCUCAUCCAAACAUGGUCGCUAGUACUAACCCACUGCAAGGCUCUCUGACUCCGUGCCUGUAUAAGUUUCCAGACCACGGUCUCAGCAGCAGCUCCUGUGCGUUGAGCCACAGUUUCUCCUCGCUGCCCCCGGCCCUGCUCUCCUCUGAGGAGGCCCUCGGGGGCCCCGGCCUGGCCGAGAUGAAGGCCGACCAGAGGAAGAGCCUGCGGGAGCCUGAAGACGCUCCGGCCAUGGACUCUCCGCAGAUACGAGAGCUGGAGAUGUUCGCCAACGACUUCAAGAUCCGCAGGAUCAAACUGGGCUACACUCAGACCAAUGUGGGCGAGGCCCUGGCGGCGGUGCACGGCUCAGAGUUCAGCCAGACCACAAUCUGCCGCUUUGAAAACCUGCAGCUGAGCUUCAAGAACGCCUGCAAGCUGAAGGCCAUCCUGGCUAAAUGGCUGGACGAGGCCGAGCUGGCUGGAGCUUUAUACAAUGAUAAAAUAGGGAUGAAUGAGAGGAAGAGGAAAAGAAGAACAACCAUCAGUCUGGGAGCUAAAGAGGCUCUGGAGAGAAGCUUUGUGGAGAAAAGUAAGCCGUCGUCUCAGGAGAUCGCCCGGAUCGCUAAAGGCCUCCACCUGGAGAAGGAGGUGGUCCGGGUCUGGUUCUGCAACAGGCGGCAGAGAGAGAAACGGGUGAAAACCAGCCUGAACCUCAGCUCCUGCCUCACCAAGCUCUCUCCUCACUGUAUCAGCCAGAUGAGUAAACCACAGAGACCCAUGGCCUAG